AUGGACUCGGACAUGUUAGGAUCAGUGUAUCCCUACCGCCGACAGGUGAUUAUAUCUACUGGCAAGACAGACUGGGAGAAUGAUGUAACCGAAGCUGAAGGCACGCUUGCUGCCUUCCUGGAGACUGCCAACUCUUCAUUGGGCGCUCCAAGGAAGCCCAAUUCCACCAACGAUCCCUUGCCAUCUGGUCUUCUUUUCUCUCAUACCGAAGCAAAAUUUCUUUCCAUUCUCAAUGGAAGUCACAGGUCUUUCUCUCGUGACGAGUCGGAAGAGACUGUGAUCGUGCUUCCAGACUUUAUGGUCGUAUCUGGAGUCCCGCGCACUUUGACAGGCGCUGAGGCGUUGUGGCAGGCUGCUCUUGAUCCAGCUAUUGAUCGGGCAGGAGUAAUUGCCCGAACGGACAAUCUUCUGAACACUUGGGUUUUACCAUACUCGUGUCUGAUAUUGCUUUGCUCGCACAAGAGACGAGACAAACGAUGUGCCGUUACAGCGCCAAUCUUAGAGAAGACCUUCCAGCAAUAUCUCGAGCGAGAAGGCUGGGAAGUCCACACCGACCUGUACGAUCUCAGUUCCGAACCUUCCCUCGAGUCACAAACUAGCUCAACCGCCGAGAAGGAACAAUUAAUCGAGACUCAGCUCAAAUCUCUGCACGCCGAGCACAGGGCACUAAUAUUAAAGAACUCACAUUUCGGUGGACAUGAAUUUGCAGGCAACUGUGUCAUCUACACUCCUCGCGGAGCUGGUGUAUGGUAUGGGCGUGUCACACCCCAUGAAGUAGAAUCGAUCGUCAAGCACACGAUUAUUGGUGGUCAAGUCCUCCCAACUAUCUUUCGUGGUGGGGUUGACCUCCCCUGCCGCGGAAAAAAGACCCUGUAUGAUUGGUGA